CAUAAGAUCCACGCCUGCAACAAAUUGGUAUCAGAGUGAGGAUUGAGUGAUGUAUGCCAGCUACGACUAGACAGAUGUCGAAAAAAUUAGGAAAAGACGGAGUCGUGAAUGGCAAAAUCAACGUGGAGGCUGUCAUGGCUCAACUCCACAAGGUAGCCCUGAAGCAAAGCGAAUAUGAGGAAAAGCUAGCGCGAUUCACCGAACAGCUAGAGUACCAUAUGGAGCACGCGAACCGAAAUGCCAAGGAGGUGGAAGGGACCAUGAAGGUCGGCCUCAAUGGCCUCGCUGAAGUAUUAGCUCAAAUCCUGGUGGAAGUGAAGGCCGGCAACGGUCGAAUGGGCAGACCGAUCACCACCAUUGCGACACAUGCACUGAUGAUUGCAACCACGGAUGGACGACGAGAAGUCGGUCAAGGCGAUGAGGAUAGCGGUGAGAAGAGGAGCGAAGGAACGACGUUAGUGGCGCCAAAAGAAAAGAAGAGGGAUGAGUGUCUCCUGCCACUGUCGGAGAACGUCUUAGUGCUGCCAAGGAAUUGUGGUAAGCUACCAUAGGUGGAACAAGGACCGUAGGGCGGCCCGAAGCAGGACCACUCCCAUGUGCUCACAAGACAACGAUGGCUAAGAGCAAUCACCACGACGAAGGCAGCUGGGGUCGUGGAUCGAGUGACAGGUUUUGGCCAGGAGCAGGGUGAGCUGGCGGCGAAGCACGCGAGAUGAGCAGAGGAGGAGUCUGGCCGCCGCGCGGGAGCCGGGAGUGGAGCGAAGGCUUUCCUCCUCUUGGCACCCCCAAGGUGCGAGGCCCCACUCAAGGUAGCGGAAGCUUCGCAGGAGGUCGGGGCUACGGGAGGAACGAGGACGACCCGGUGGAGAUCAAUGGUGAGGAAGAAUGGGAGAUGGUUUAGCCCGGAAGACCUCACGGC